AUGUCAGACUCAAACACCUCAUCAGUUUUCGUAAACUCGGACUCAUCAGUUUCUCCGGACCAAGACUCAUCAGUUUCCUCGAACUCAGAGCCGGAGCACGAGCUCUCCAUCUUCAAGCGUAUCGGGGUACAUCUCGAUUCUCUUUCCGGCUCUCCAGCAUAUGAAGUGCACAGAGAGACCAAGCUCACACAUGCACUCGACAACCUUGCUGGCAGUCCGUUCGUGUCCUUCAGGAGUCGGGUACAAACGGGCGCAUUUAAGCUGCUCGUCAAGGGAGAGGAUGCGGGAACAUGGAUGAAACCUGUCGUUGAAGUAUUGCAAAGGCACGCAACCCCUUCGCCAUUCGGCAGGGGAGAGGAAACUGUCAUGGAUCCAACUUACAGGCACGGAACAGAACUCAAAGCGAAUGAGCUCGCCUUCAGUUCGCAAAGGGAUACAGAAUACAGAAUAUUCGUGCGCCACAUCCAGCGUGAACUCCGAACAAGCAUGUUCGUAGGGAAAACCGUUGCUCUCAAGUUAUACAAGCUCGCCAUAUAUGGCGAAGGAGGUCAUUUUGACUGGCAUCGUGACUCGACACAUAGCGAUGCUCACCAUGGAACGGUGGACCAGGGGUCCCAAGGCAUAGACUAAGAGGCAGUCUCUCAAGCGAUAGUAGACUCAUAGCCCAGAGGCAG